AUGGCUGCAAUGAGCUGGCUUUCCGAGCUCCUGACAGAUGCCUGGCUAUCGUCGACAGUCGGAAAGCAGCUCGACAUUGAGCAUUUCGAUGUUUUAGAGGCUGAGGGCAACUCCUCGAGUAAACUGGUGAGGGUCCAAUGCAAGCAAGGCACACUGAUGCUGAAGAUCACUCGACAGACCCCCGGAGAUGCUUUGGCGGCCUCGGUCGAAAGGGAGGCUCUCUUCUACCACACUGCCUGGUGCUCGCUGCGCAAGAUCGGCGUUGGCUUGCUAGAUCUGCAUGCGGUUGAGAUUCGCCCCGACAUGUCCGUCAUUGUGCUGGAGUUUGUGAAGGAUGGCUGGCGCACUGGACCGAAUGCUGGAUUGUCGAGAUGUCAGGCUGAAGCAUUGGUUGGCCUGCUCGCUCGAAUUCACGCCUGGGGCUUGAAGGGCAAGGACAGGUUGGAGGACUGUCGGGAUGGGCACCUGUUUCGACAUGGCUUGCCAGACUUGUUUCGAAAAAGUGUAUCCAAAGUCACUGCUGACAAGAUCAAGGCCGGAUCUCCAGCUGGAUCUCCGGCCAGCACCACGGAGGGUGCUAAGAAGGUCAUGGACAUGUUGCAUGCGGCAGCCAAGCCGGGCCUCUACGAGUUCGCAGUGAACCUCGUGAUGGAGUCCAGCCCCAUCACGGUCUUGGUUUGA